AUGCUUCUCAAAGAGUAUCGCAUAUGCAUGCCCUUAACAGUUGCCGAAUAUCGGAUAGCUCAGUUGUAUAUGAUUCAGAAAAAGUCUCGUGAAGAAAGUACAGGUCGUGGAAGUGGUGUAGAAAUAUUGAAAAACGAACCUUAUGAAAAUGGUCCUGGAGGAAAAGGUCAAUACACAUUUAAAAUUUAUCAUGUUGGUAGCCAUUUACCAACUUGGCUUCGUAAUAUACUACCAUCAUCGGCUCUACGUGUUGAAGAAGAAGCAUGGAACGCGUAUCCAUACACUAGAACAAUUUAUAAAGUUCCCUUUGUUGAAAAGUUGGUACUCGAUGUCGAAACAUAUUUUUUCGACGAUGCUGGGGAACAAGAUGAUGUUUUCAACCUUUCACCAGAUGAAAGAAAGGCACGUAUCAUUGAUUUUAUUGACAUCGUAAAAGAUCCAAUUACUGGAAGUGAUUAUAGACCAGAAGAAGAUCCUAGUAUUUAUGUAUCAGAAGCAACUGGUCGUGGUCCAUUGUCACCUAAUUGGCGUGAGGAAUUUAUUCAUGCUCAACAAGUGACUCAUGAAACUUAUGAAAAACCACCAACUCGAACUCAUGAUAAUUCACCAACUAUUGUUGAAAAUUUGAAGCCACUGCAUAAACGUAUUAUGUGUGCAUAUAAACUUUGUCGAGUAGAGUUUCGUUAUUGGGGUACACAAACACGAGUGGAACAGUUUAUCCACGACACUGCACUUCGAAAAACUAUGCUAAGAGCACAUCGACAAGUAUGGGCGUGGCAAAAUGAAUGGUAUGGUCUUACAAUAGAGGAAAUUCGUCGUUUAGAGGAGGAAACAGCUCAAGCAUUAGCGUCCAAAAUGGCUGAUUCCAACCAACCGCCGAAUAAUGACGGCGAGUUAUCUAAGGAAGUUCAGUCAACAACAUCAAACAUCAAUGAAACUAUGAAUGCUACUGAAGUGAAAUGUAAUCAGUCUGAUGAAAAAUGUGAAUCCGAAUCAAGCACAGCGACAUCAGAAAAAUUCCAUCUUCCAAUUAAUUCAACUGAUAUUGCAGAACAAAAUUUAUGGGCUGAUUUUAAGAAAUUAGAGGCGAAUAAUUUUGAACUUGAUGAUUUUGAACCUUUUACAGCACCAUGUACAGAAUCCGAUGACGAUACUAGGUCGUUUGUUACAUGUUGUAGCGAUCUCACUGGGAAUACUGAUUAUGCUACCCCUCUUGCGUCAAAUUUUCAGAGUUUUGAUAUUCCAGGAAUAAAAUCUUGCUUUAACCAAAAACCUGUCUCUAGUAUUCAACAGAAUUGUGGUAAACUAGUCCUUAUAUUAGUGAUUCAUGGUGGUUGUAUACUUGAUUCAACUUACGAUUUAACUACAAAACGUUCCGAUAUUUUAACUUUUCGAAAAACAAUCGAAACAGUAACAGCUAAUCACUAUCCAACAUUACAUAAUCGAAUAGCUGUAAAACUUGUACCAUGCCCUACAGAAAUCGGCGAUAUAUUCCGAUUAUUCUCCAAAUUGAAAGCUUCACCGGAUGCUACUAGGCCAAUUGAAACUCAAUUGCUACGUGAUUUAAUGCCUUUGGGGAGUAUUCCUUUAUUUUUGAUUAAUUCAUCUGGAUAUUCGCGAAUGUUGGAACAAUUAGCAUUUAAUUUGAACACUCAUUAUGCUGAGUUUUUACGUUCUCCUGAAGGAAUUCACUUUUCUGGCAAAGUUUGUAUUGUAGCUGACAGUGUUGGUUCAAUUUUGGCUCAUGAUCUUUUAACAAAACCUUCUACUGAUCAUGAGUCAGUAUCGAAUAAUAAUGAUACAAGUAUGACAGAUAUUGGAUUAAUGCGUCGUAAACAAUUUGGUAUUCAUAGUUUAAUACAGUCGGAUAAACAAAUCAAAACCCCAACUUUAAUAAACAGCCCCAGUGAAGUCACUUUAUGCCCACCUGAAUCAAAUACUAGUCUAGGAAACGUUGAAUUAUCCAACCUUGAAAAUGAAGAAUCUAAAUCACAUAGUCGAAUGUCUUCUUUAGAAUUUCAAGUACAAAAUUUUUUCAUGUUGGGUUCACCAAUCGGUUUAAUUUUGGCUUAUCGUUAUCAACAAAAUCAAUUAACAUCGUUUACAUCAUCUAUUGUAUCAUCUAAUAAACCGAAUCAACUAAUUACUAAUUCAUCUUAUAAUAUGGUUUAUCAUUUAUCAAAAAAAAUUAAGUUGUCCGUAGGUCAAGCUUAUAAUCUUUUUCAUUUAACUGAUCCAUGUGGUUUUCGCAUUGAACCAUUGUUGGAUAGUCGUUUCAGCUGUAUAUCCCCAAUAUUCAUUCCCCAAUAUGUUCGUUAUCCACUUGGAGAUGGACAGUCAACAAAUCUAAUUGAAACUCUUAUACAGCAGGCUGAAUUAUUUUCUGCAAAUGUUUCAGAAAAAUCAUACAAUUUAUCCGAUAGUGAUAAUUCUACGAUUAAUGAAAAUAAUGAUAGUACUGUAAAUGUAAAACGGCAAUUAACAAAUCAACAGUUAAAUUGGGAAAAAAAGUCUAUUGUUGCACUUGAAGCAUUGAAAAAAGUUCAACAGUCAUGGUGGGGACCUAAAAGAGUUGAUUACAAUGUUCAUUGUCCAGAAGCAAUGCAAAAUAUUUUAGCUCGUGCACGUCCUUCAAUUUUGCAUGCAAGCUACUGGGAAUCAAAAGAUGUAGCAUCUUUUAUUAUACGACAGAUCCUAGAUACACUGGGACUAAGUGUUCUAGAAACAUCAUACUCGGCAGAUUUGUCUGAUGAAAUAGCUGUUACGGAACUGGCUAAAUUAUCAUUGAAUCCAAAUCAGAUAAAAUCACAAACCUAUGAGGUUAUGGAUGAUUCCAGUAUACAAAUUUCAGAGCAAUCAGAAAAAAGUAGUAGUAGUCAAUCGAAAUUCUCCAACCUCAGUCAUACUUUGUCAUUUGGACCUCGUAAUUUCUUGAAACGAACAUCAUCUGAACGAUUAAAGAACUUUAAAGCAAAUCAUCGAGCAAAUGAUGUGAUUACUACAACUGGAUCUACACCACUUAUCACAGGUCGAUUUGCUUUUGGUGGAUUGGAUUUGAUGAGUUUUUCUUCUGAAAAAAUCCGAGUUGAAAUUCAAUCUAUUAGUGGGUCGUGGUCAUAUUUAUGCACAGAAGUGACUGAUUCUUCUGGACGAAUCCGAUUCUCUUUGCCAGAACAAAUUCAUCUCCCGGAUGGACUAUAUCCUAUUAAAAUGACCGCUGAAUCUGAUCCUGAUCACCCAGUAAUUAUUACAUUAGCUAUAGUACCUCCUCAAACUGAGGUAGUGGUAUUCAGUGUAGAUGGAAGUUUUGCAGCAAGUCUGUCUCUGAUGGGAAAAGAUCCGAAAGUUCAUCCUGGUGCUGUAGAUGUUGCUCGUCACUGGCAGGGAUUAGGAUAUUUAUUAAUCUAUUUGUCUGCACGACCAGAUAUGCAAAGACGUCGGGUUACAAAUUGGAUGGCAAAUCAUAAUUUUCCAUUUGGGAUGACUUUCUUCCUAAAUGGAUUAUAUUCAGAUCCACUGAAACAGAAGGCUCAAAUGUUAAAAACAGUUGUUGAAAACGUAUGCAUUCUGUCAUUCUGUUUCAUUUUGUUGUUUGUAUUUUUUCAUACAUUACGUAAAGAUUGUAUUAGUUCCUUGUCGCACUCUCUCGUAGAAAUCAUCACUUUCGUAACUCAUUUAGAAAUAGACUCUAUCAUUCUUACGGAAAUUUACUCUUAAUAUGUAUUUGUUUUAGUUUCGUUACUUAUCGCUUUAUGUUAUAUGAUUUAUACGAUAGCCAAUAGUAGUGCAUCUUUUAAGUUUAAAACGACAGUUGAAGAUUCUGUUUUUACUCCUGUCGACUGGUGAACGGUAAGAAGAAUUUUGUUUGCGUAUUUGCUUAAUAGUUACCGUCUUCGAUUGUUCAAAUUCGAUGUAAUUUCUGUAAAUUCAUCUGAGCCCUAUAGUUAUACUUCAGAUGAUCAAAAGUAGGUACUCAGUUGUAUAUCGAGUUUUGCGAAUUACUAAGACAAUACAUAUGUUGGUAUUUUAUCUUCAAUGUGACAAAAAACAACCUUCAGACUAACUUGUCUGGUCUACCUCUUCAAACAUUACAAUAUUUUUUUUAAAAUGCAGUCACAUCCUUAAGUGAAAAAAGAAGCACCUGCAUUCCACCUAUCUUUACGUUCUCUAGUAAUUAGUUAGUUAUGAUUUGAAAUCAUAUUUUCAUCAGUUUUUAGUUUGAAUCUUUUGUGUUGUGAUCGGCUGAUAGGUUUUAUGUCUCUUAGCAUAUUCAAACACACGUUACGUUUUGCAUCUGUCAUUAGGUUAACAAUGCAUAUAUACUUAGCCCAGACCUUGUCUAUUGGCCGGGUGUAUUUAGCACUUGAAACAAGGCAGAUCAUGAAACUAUGUUAUUCCGCUUAAUACUCACAUUUCGUUCCUUAACCAACAGAUGCUAGUUUACAUUAUAAGCUUUCUCUAUAGCUUUUUACUUUAAAGUAACACACUGUUGUAAAAAAUCACAUUAGAUUUUAGUUAAGUACUAAUUACCGAGUUAUCCUUCAUUGUCUUUCUUGUAGAGAAUAUUUUCAUUUAAAGUUAACUGUCAAUGUAAUACAAGUUAAUUAUCAUCUAUGAUCAUAUUUUUUUAUUAAUUAGCCAUUUUUCCUUUCAUAAUAUAAAUGUUAGGCCAAUUUGCGAGUUCAUUGUGGUUAUGGAUCAGGUAAAGAUAUCAAUUUAUAUCGUUCUCUUGGUUUAUCAACCCAGAACAUCUUUCUAGUUGGUAAAGUCUCUCGAUCACAGGCAUCAAAUGGAACUCCAUUAUCACAAGGAUAUUCGUCGCAUUUAUCUUCGUUAAUCAAUGGUCAUACUUUAUCUAGACCUGCUGUCGGAUCAAUGAGUAUAGCAGUGCGUUGUUGUCCUUUUGAUUUACCGUCAGUUUAUCCCUCGUCACCGUUAUUAAUGGAGUCUAACUUGCUUCGAAACAAUUCUCUCAAAUUUUCACCUCAAUUGAGCCAACGAUUAUUAUUCAAUGAUGAAAUAGAACAAAAUACAUUGUAAUAUUCCUAAUACUUAUCACUUAUUAUUUUAUUCAAGUGAUUCAUCCAUGUAAGCUUCAAUGUUAUAAAAAGAUGAAAUUUCAAACUAUUUUUGAGAGUUAAAUUCUUUGUGUUUGUAUAUUGAUCAACUAGUUUUCCCCCUAUUUUCAUCCGUACUAUAUCAUUUUCAAUUUUAUUAUUGAAAAAACUUUUCAGUUUAAUAACUGGCAAAGGUUUCCCAUUUGCUUGUCACUAAAUAGCAUUAACUCUAAAACUUUAUCUUGUAAAUCUUCGUUUUUUCGAUGUUUCAUACAUUGUAUUUAAUCGCUCGGUUUUACAAAUAGUUUACACACUCAUCAUUCACUGAGAUUAUAAAUUACUCAAAGAUCGUGAUCAUUUCUCAUCAUAAUCUUGUAUUAUUAAUUAAGUGCAAAUAUAUUACGCAACUAUGUUGCUCCUAUCCAAAUUUUUGUUGAUAUACGAUUGUGUAUCUAUGCUUACUACUUUAUUAAGCGAAUAUAAGCUUUCUGUUGUCCCAUUGAAGUGAAUAAACAUACUUUCCAAUUAGUAAACUGUGAUUUGGUUUUUUAUCAACUACAAAUUACAUUUUUUUUAUAUUAUUGAUUAAUUAUUCCUACAUUCUGUACAAUUUAUAAUUGAUGGUUAAUUUGUUCACUUAUAAAAUUGACUCAGUUUCUGUUUUAUAAUAUAUUUUUCAAUGUUGUCAAAGUUGUGUUGAAUUGGUUUCAAAGUUAUAUGAUGUUAAAUA